UACUUCCGGGCUUCUGGCAUGUUUCAAGAUCACAUUGCAUGUAAUUUUCAUGCCACUCAUCCAUAUUUGAUCUAUGCAUGUAAUUUCAAACCAAAAGUUAUUGCACUUGAUUAGGUUUCCCUGAUAUGAUUGGUAGAAUAAUCCUGAAACAUAUUCAGAAUCCUUGUCAUUCGUAUAUUGUUUCUUUCAUUGAUAUGCUGCCUUUUUUUUUGGCCAGCUAUCCUCUAAACGAUGCUGCCGAAACAGUAAACGUAAUGGGAUCAUCUAUUAGCAGAGUUAUGGGUGGAACAAGUGGGAUAAUGUACACUAUACUUUGUAAGGCAGCUUAUGCAAGCUUGAAAGCAAAUGGACAGUCAGAUGUUACAUCAAAUCAUUGGGCUGAAGCGCUGGAAGCUUCAACUACUGCAGUGAGUAAAUACGGUGGUGCUAUUGCUGGUUUUCGGACAUUGCUGGAUGCUCUUAUUCCUGCUUCUCAAGCUUUGCAGCAGAGGUUAAAGGCCGGGGAUGAUACUGUCACUGCCUUUGUUCUUUCUUCAGAAGCAGCCUUAGCUGGUGCUGAAUCAACCAAACUGAUGCAAGCACAGUUAACUUAGAAAAGAAACAGAAAUCUUAUGAACCCCUCCCAAUCAUCAACCUCCCGCUGCUCAUUGCUUUCUUGUUGCACAGAAUUGUGAUAAUCGAAACAAUAUGGCCCAGCAUAAUUUAGAAGUUUGGUUUACAUGCUCCAUAUUUUCACUUCCCUGCAUAGUUUCCACUUUGUAUACAAUUCAAGUAUUCUGAUACAACACCAAUUGCAGGCUGGGCGGUCGAGUUAUGUGUCGCCUGAGAUAGUUGCAUCAGUUCCUGAUCCAGGAGCUAUGGCAGCAGCUGCCUGGUACAGGGCUGCAGCAUUGGCCGUCCGGAACACACUGGAGAGUUCCCUGCCUGCAGGUUCAUCUGCUCCGUGACCAACAGUUUAAUCUUUCUGACCUCUUUUACCUCCACUGUCUGGAUCGUUUACUAACUUUCUGCGAAUGAACCUUGUACACUCACCACACCUCCGGCUUCAUGCUUAAGCUCUCCGCGAACGAGUUUUGUCCGCGAACGAGUUUUGUCUGUGUUCGAGAUAUAUUGGUAUCGUAUGUUAAUUCCAUAUUUCAAGAAAGAUUAGAAAGAGCAAAAGCAGCGCUACCCCAUCUCACUCCACUAUGCUUUGUCGUAUAGUGCGCUCUUCUACUGUCUUGUUAACCUUUUUUCAUUUGCUUGACUUAUAUAUGGGGUGGGUGUUUAACGGCUACUUAAACUUCUUAAGACAUUGACUACUUCUCUUCAAUAUAGUCACAAAAUGAGUGCAACUUAUGCAACCAAUUUUAAAACUACUCCUUGAAUUUUGAAUUUUAAUUGAUAGGAUUAGUUUAAUAUGAUGAUAUAACAUAAAAUCAUAACUAAUCAAUUCAUUAUCCUGAGCCCUAAACCUUUAACUUCGAACCCUAACCCUAAGCUACAAAUUGUAAAUCUUAAAUCCCAACCAUAAAUUUCUAAAUCCUAAAUCCUUCUAAUCAAAGUAAAUAUUGAAUGAUUUUUGUGCAAGUGAUGAUUGACUUCAUUUUGACAUAAACCCCAUGUUUAAAAUGAUGGUUGUGAGGCAAGUGCAUUGUAUGCAUAAAAAAAAUGAGUGCACCAAAGACGAAAAAAAAAGAUGGCACCAUAUAUAUAUAUACUUUGGGGAGGGGAGGAGUAGCCCAUUUCCCUUUUCGACUUUGUGCCUCUUCUCACUUCAACUUGCUGCUUCCUUGUGUGUUUCUUUUUCCUUUUGGGUGUUUUUGUUGACGUAUGUGGUAUGUUGAAGUUUGGUGAUGUUGCUUCUUUCCUCCUUUCCACUUCGACUUCACUUGUUUUCUUUUUGCUGCUAUUGGCGGCAGCUAUAGUAGAAUGUUUUGGGGGUUUUGGGGAGAAGAAUAGGGAAAGGGAGUGAGUUUUUGUUGUCUCCUCUUUCUUUUGUUGUUGUCUGUGUGUAAGACAUGAAAAGAAUGUUUGCUGCUUUUAGGUCGCUGCAGCCCUGCUUUUAGUUUUUUGUCAGCUGCUGUCUCUUUUUUAUUUUGAGCUUGUGUGUUUUUUAGGAGAAGGAAGAAGAAGAAAGAAAGAAAGAAAGCGAUGGAAAGUUUUGCAGGGGGAGUUUUUGCAGAGUUUUGUUGUCUGUGUAAGAAGAGCAAGAGGAAGUCAGGAGCAGGAAGCUCGGGGAAGAAGAUGAAGAAGUGGAGAGGAGAGAAGCCCCGUCCCUGUUUUUUGCUUUAUUUUGUUUCUUGUUUUUUUUCUUCUUCUUCCCUUCUAUCUGCCUAUGUGUGAUGAAACCAAGAGGAAGGCAGAAGAAGCUCCUUUCAAUUUUAUACAAGCAGCUUGGAGAGCAAGCUUGCUACAGUACUGGGUUGGGUCUGGUCGGGUCGAGUUUGGUCUGGUCAGACCUAACCGGGUUGAUUAAGUUUGACUUUUGUUGACUGAAUUGACUCUUUGACUUUCGGAUUUGAUUUGGGCCUAAAUCUAUUUUAUUGUUGUAUUGCGCUUGUAAAUUUAAUGCAAUAACUACUUAACAAUUAU